AUGAUGAAGAAUAAAAGUGUGAUAAAUCUUGUUCCGUUCGACGAGAAAGAGAGAUUCUUAGAUGAAUGGUAUAUAGAUGCCUCCUACUAUGGAGGAAUGGUUGGCUACUAUCCCAUCCAUGGCUACGACAUUCUAUUGGACACUACGAUGCAAAUUUGGGACUUUAUUAAGCAUUACUUUGACCGUGAGAUGAAACGUAUGAAAGUGGAGAAAUGCCAGUUCCCUCUCAUAGUAGGCGAUGGCUCGUCCGACAAGGACAUUCUGAGGAAAUCCAUGUACCCUUACUUCUGUCAGAAAGUCCGCUUCGCAAAAGUCUUGCCUCUCAAGUUCAACCAAUGGUACAAUGCUGUUACUACUACGUCCGAGCUCACCAACCCCAUCCCAUUUCUCAGGACUCGUGAGUUUCUAUCGCAACAAGGCCACAGCGCCUUUGCCACGAGGGAAGAGGCCUACGCCGAGGUCCUCCACGUCUUAGACAUUUACCGCAAAAUCUAUGAGACUUUCUGGCCAUCCCGGUUUUAA